AGGUCGGUAUUGCCAAACUUGCUCCACACCACUCAUUUGCACAAAUAACCCCAAAUUCAAAACCCUAAUUCAUCUCGAUUUCUCUUCCUUGAUUCAUUUCUUUUCCAAUUAUCCAUUCAUCCUUGGGCGUUUUCUGGUGUUCAAUUUGUAGGCCUUUCUAAUGGGGUGAACCGAUUGUUAUUUGCUCUGCUUUUUAUGGAGUGGGACAGCAAUUCUGAUCUGAGCGGAGACGAGGAAGGGUUUUUAUUGAAUGAUGGAGGCUCACUGCCUUUCCCCGUCGACACCCUGCUUCAACCGGCGCCCUGUGGCUUCGUUGUUACGGAUGCACUGGAACCCGACCAUCCAAUUAUUUACGUGAAUUCUGUUUUCGAGAUCAUAACUGGGUAUCGCGCUGAAGAAGUUCUUGGUCGUAAUUGUCGGUUCUUGCAGUGCAGAGGUCCAUAUGCAAAAAGAAGGCAUCCACUGGUGGACUCUACUGUAGUAUCAGAAAUUAGGAGAUGUCUUGAGGAUGGAAUCGAAUUCAAAGGAGAACUGCUAAAUUUUAGAAAAGAUGGUACCCCAUUAAUGAACAGAUUGCGUAUGACCCCUAUAUAUGGUGAUGAUGAGGUAAUAACCCAUAUUAUUGGCAUCCAGUUCUUCACAGAAGUUGAUCUUGAUCUGGGUCCACUCCCAGGAUCUACGACCAAGGGAAACUUGAAAUCAUCUGAUCUGUUUCGUUCCAGUCUUCUGUCUUGCCGUCUAACUCCAGAAGGGAACCGCAAUUCUGGUCGUGGGCUCUGUGGGAUACUACAAUUGAGCGAUGAAGUGCUCUCUCUAAAAAUUCUUUCACGUUUGACACCAAGAGAUAUUGCAUCUGUGGGAUCUGUUUGCAGACGUUUCUAUGAGGUAGCAAAGAAUGAGGAUCUAUGGAGAAUGGUCUGCCAAAAUGCUUGGGGUAGUGAAACAACUCGAGUUCUAGAGACAGUUCCUGGGGCUAAGAGAUUGGGAUGGGGUAGAUUGGCAAGGGAGCUUACUACUCUUGAGGCGGCUGCAUGGCAGAAGCUGACUGUCGGAGGUGCUGUCGAGCCUUCUCGCUGCAAUUUCAGUGCGUGUGCGGUUGGGAACCGUGUUGUUCUUUUUGGCGGUGAGGGAGUCAACAUGCAACCGAUGAACGAUACAUUUGUACUGGAUUUAAAUUCUAGUAAACCCGAGUGGCAACAUGUGAAAGUUGGCUCUCCGCCACCUGGUCGUUGGGGUCAUACGCUUUCGUGCGUGAACGGUUCAAACUUGGUGGUGUUUGGUGGCUGUGGGACCCAAGGGUUACUUAACGACGUCUUUGUGUUGGAUUUGGACGCCAAGCAUCCAUCAUGGCGUGAGAUCUCUGGGUUGGCCCCACCGCUUCCACGAUCAUGGCACAGUUCCUGCACCCUGGAUGGGACCAAGUUGAUCGUUUCUGGUGGUUGUGCAGACUCUGGUGUACUUCUAAGCGACACUUUCUUACUCGAUCUCUCGAUGGAGAAACCGAUUUGGAGAGAGAUCCCAGUGACAUGGACCCCGCCUUCUCGUCUUGGUCACACGUUAUCGGUCUAUGGUGGCAGGAAAAUCUUGAUGUUCGGAGGUCUUGCGAAAAGUGGGCCCCUCAGGUUCCGCUCCAGUGAUGUGUUUACCAUGGAUCUAAGUGAGGACGAACCUUGUUGGAGAUCCGUAACUGGAAGCGGAAUGCCGGGUGCCGGUAAUCCAGGCGGCAUAGCUCCGCCACCCCGUCUUGAUCAUGUAGCCGUCAGCCUUCCUGGCGGCAGGAUACUUGUCUUUGGAGGGUCCGUUGCUGGUCUUCACUCAGCCUCACAGCUGUACAUUCUGGACCCCACCGAGGAGAAGCCCACAUGGCGGAUAUUAAAUGUACCCGGGCGGCCGCCCAGGUUUGCAUGGGGCCAUAGCACAUGUGUCGUUGGAGGUACACGAGCAAUUGUUCUUGGAGGUCAAACUGGCGAGGAAUGGAUGCUGAGCGAGCUUCAUGAGCUGUCCUUAGCGAGUUCCGCUAUCUAAAAUGCAAUAAAUGUUUGGAAAAGCCUUUGUAUAAAAACGAUUCAGAGGUGCUUAACAUGUCAAUACAUUUCUUGCACGAGGUACACGGAGGUAUGGCCGAUUGUGGUGGUUGCCAACAGCGUAUUCCGAGAAUAAAGGUACGAAUUUUGUGAGAUUUGUGCACAAGUGUUGUUUAGUACCUUAUUUGGAAGUUUUUUUGGUAAGAAGUAAUUGACAGAUCAUAGUAGGGUAUUUAUAUAAUUAUAUACUUAAUUAGGUCUUGUUUGCAUGAUGUAAUGUGUUGUGGUUUAAGGUCUUAGAAAACUAAAGUGUUAAUGGUGGUGCUUGUAUAUAGGAAAUGACAAAUUUAUCCUUAACUCUGUACUGAAAGCUGUAUUCAGCUCUACUAUGCAUUUAGGAAGGAACAUAUCUCAUCUCUGAAGAAGCCAUCGGCGCCUACUUGUACAUGGAUUGGUUCGUAUUUUGGCCGUGGAUGAGAACUUCCUUAUGGGUCUGUUGAAUGCUCGGUCAGUUGGUUUUCUUCAGGCUUUAAAGGGGUUCGUUUAACCGUUAUUUUUAUAGAUAAUAUAUAUACAUAUUUCUUAUAUUGGUGCUUUUGUGCAUCUUUGAGUAUGACUUGUAAUAUUUGGAUGUUGCUAUGCAUUAGAGAAAUGAUUUGGAUGCUUACGUUACGGAUCAUAUAUGACAGAUGUUGCUUGUUUGCAC